AGUUGUACCCUUUCGCUCGUCGUCCUCGUUGCCACCCGAGGGCUCAGCUCUCCUUCCAACUUCCUAUUUCUCUCGCUCCUUUUCACCUAGAGUUACGAUUUAUGACCAUGAACGGCUACAGCGGUCCUAGCAACGGAGCAGGGGUGGUCGACGCGGGGCAUGGCGAAGCUUACGCGCAUCACGCAGGCUCAACAAGUGCAGGAGGUGUUCCCGUUAUGAAUGGGUAUGCACCAACACCUUACCACCUGCAUAAUGAAGCCAUUGUGAAUCAUUUAUACCAUGCUGGCUUCCAGACUGCCAACUAUGCUGACACGAUCUUGCAUGUGCAUGGAAGUUCUUACAGAUUACAUGCUAUUAUUCUAUCACGUUCCCCAUACCUUGCUCACCUGAUGUCCACGUCGCCACAAUCCGCCGGUCAAAGGACAAUCUACGUUCAUCUGGAGCAUGAUCCGGAAGUCACCCAGGAGGGCUUUGCCAUCGCUUUGGGUUACCUCUACUCACCUGAAUCGUUGAACAUCGUUCGCCCUGAAAAUGCGCGAGGUGUCCUGGCUGCCGCCUGUCUUCUGGGUGGCAUGGACUACCUCUGCAACUAUGCCUACGAGUUGUGCAGGCAGUCCAUCACCGUUGAUAACAUAUCAGAGUGGCUGGAAUUUGUCGAUUCUAUCCCGACAUCUUCGGACGGGUCAAGCACUCCAAUAGAGCCUCAUCAUCUACCUGUCUCACGAACGGCCAUCUUCGGCCCGUAUGCAGACAGGCUGAAGAACGAUGUCUUCCACUUCUUGGUGGUAACGUUGCCAAAUAUGCUCAACGUUGGCGGUCUUUCGAGUCCUGCGACACCACAAGGUGACUGCCAAGCUUCCGAUGCCGGCAGAGAUACCCUCUUGCAGAUCUUUGCUAGAGUUCCAUUUGAUAUGUUCAAGGCUGCCAUCGAGUCGCCGACAUUCCAAAUUGGUUCCGACCAAGCGCGCUUCAGGUUCGCGAAAGAUGCUAUCGAAGCGAGAAAGCGGGGCAUUGCGCGAGGCCAGGGUGAGGAAACCGUCGUUCUGGCCUUCGGUGGUUCGAACAACCUUAGUGGUAGCGCAGUCCAUGUCACACGCAAGCUGCGUAAGCGUACUCUCUGGAAAGUUAACUCGUGAGAGGAGGUUACAUUUAUUUUUGCUUUACCGUAUCGUACGUCGUCUAGUCUCUGUCAUCUUGCUCUGUAUCUUCUGCACAUUGCUCGAGUGUUGUCUCUUGGAACAUUAUAUCAUACUUGUUUUGUGGCUUUAUAUGGUCAUCUGACGGCUUUUACUGUGU